AUGUCAGUGGCAGUGAAGAGAGGGAUAAGCGCUAAGGGAGAGUCCAGAAAAUGCGCCGCGCGUUUCUGGAGGCUCUUUCCUCACCUUUUGCUGUGUCUGUCUCUGGUGGCGUACGCAGCGCUGGGUGCGCUUUUGUUCCAGCACAUAGAGGGAGAGAGCGCGUCCACAACCCAGCAGGAUUACCGCGAGUUCCUGGGACAGAUUGUCCGCAACGUCCAGAACUUAACCGCUAACGCCUCCAUCACACAUCAGGACAUAGUAAAUAAAGUGGAGUUUGAGAUGCAAAAAGGGUUCAAGUCCAUAUGGUUCCAGAGACCUGAAAGGUGGACUUUUUUUGGCUCCAUGUUCUUCUGCUGCACUGUAUUCACAACAGUCGUCCUGACUCCACCGGCUCUUGACUAUUCCAAAAAUGGGCAAAGAGGUGGAGCGUGGGUGGAGAUGAGGGCUGAAUGA